AUGGCUCGUCGACGAAAACACCGAACGCACAACAAGGGAAACGUUCCUCCCAAGACAUCCAACGGUAAUCCUGGUGACCCAAAAUCAUUUGUGAUCAAGCACGGAUCCGUGGGCUAUUCUAUUACGCAACUGGUACGCGAUAUGCGAAAGGUCAUGGAGCCAAACACUGCUACACGAUUAAGAGAGCGCACGAGAAAUAAGCUAAAGGACUAUUUGGUUCUCGGUCCAACCCUCGAGGUUACACAUAUCAUGGCAUUCUCGCUUACAGAGAAAGCACCAACGUUUAGAAUAAUAAGGCUUCCGAGUGGACCGGGCUUGAACUUUCGUAUCGAGAGAUAUUCGCUCAUGAAGGAUGUCCUCAACUCUAAAAAGCGGAAACGAAGCAAGGGACUGGAAUAUUUGACCGCUCCAUUGCUCGUUUUAGCAGCAUUUCCACCGGCUUCCCCGACUACACCACCACACCUUGCCCUACUCCUCAAGGCGUUUCAAUCAAUGUUUCCUUCCCUCUCACCACAGACCAUCUCGCUCUCUUCUGCGCGCCGCGUCGUGCUCGUGCAUUACAAUGCCGAUAGAGACACGGUCGAUUUUCGCCACUACCUCAUCACCAUCCGCGCCCAUGGCGUAUCGCGGCGCGUCCGCAAGUUACUUGAAGGUACAAAGCUCCGCGGAAACUCGGUACUUGAUCUGGGAAACGAAAAGGACGUUGCGGAUUAUAUACUCAAGCAGGCUGGUGCCGACGGGUACGAGAGUGCCUCGAGUUAUGCCAGUGAUGCGGAAGAAGGUGAUGCGAAUAAGAUAGAGUUGCCGUCAAACUAUGUCGGGAGGAACAAUCGAAAGGGCGAGCAACGCAGCGUCAGCUUGGAAGAAGUUGGGCCGAGGAUGGAGCUGAGUCUGUUGAAGAUCACAGAGGGCUUACCCGGUAAAGAAGGAGCCGUCAUAUGGCACAGAUUCAUCAAAAAAUCGGCGGCAGAAGUCAAACGUCAAAAGGCUGAGCACGCAGAAAAGGCAAAGUUGAGGGAGCAACGCAGAAAAGAGCAAGAAGAGAAUAUCGCAAGAAAGGCAGCACAGAAUGGGCAGAAACCGCCUCCUGAGGAUGCGGAAGAGGAAAAGAGCGAAGAAGAGGCAAGUGAAGAUGACAACUGGGACGACGAAGAGGAGAUUGAGAGUGAAGGGGAAGGCGAGGAGAGUGUAUCAGAGUCAGAAGAAGACGAUUGA